CGUGUCUGUAAAUUGUUAAACUUAUUCUAUUUAAGCUGUUGCAGUCUGAUGAAUAGACCUUGAAGCGAAACCACAUGGAAAUGGACCAACUUGUGAACCAAUAUUUUGAAAUGAUCCCACUUCGACACUUGAGUUGGGGGGAUGCCUUUAAUUCAGCUGCUCCUUCACUAGAAGAACAACGGAACAUUCUCAAAAAGACGUUGAUGUCACCCGUGUGCAAAGAUUUCCCUCCGACACUCAAAUACAGAAGACUCUUCGCCAAGCACAUUUUGAAACAGUGUGAGGAGUAUGGUGAAGAGAUAGCAGAAGAACUGUAUGAGGUAUACUCCACAUUGGUGGCACAGAAUGAGACAGAGGAUCAGAAGACAUUCUUCAAGACAUACAAACUGCCAACAGGUAAUCUUGUCACUUUGAAAGAAUCACUUCACCUUGUAAGCAAUGGAACCACUGGUUUGAUAUCAUGGCCUGCUGGUCAGUACAUGGUUGAAUGGGUGGCAGAGAACACUCAUAUCUUUCAGGACAGGAGAAUACUGGAGCUUGGUAGUGGUUUAGGGUUAACCGGUCUAGCGGUGUGUGACCUCUGCCAACCUUCAACCUACACUUUCUCUGAUUGCCAUGAUGAUGUCUUGGACAUUCUUCAAGAAAAUAUUUUAUUAAACAUCCAUCGAAACAACUCACAGCAGGUCCCCCAGAGCAAUGCAGCGAGGUCUAGGUGUGAUUCAGAAAGUUGCAACAACCAAGAUGAGAGUCAAAGAACUUCCAAGACAUCUCUACUUAGAACACUCGAACAGUAUAGCAAGUAUGACGUUGGUGUAUGGUUCCAUAGAAGAAGGCAAGGUGUGCAAACCUGUGUUGAAGAGGAAGAUGGAUCGGAACAACACAGACUUGUGGAACAGGAUGCAAAUCAACUUCCUGCUUCAAAAACUGAGGUGUCUUUGUGUUGUUUUAAUUGGGAAGAGGUUACAAACGACUGGCUUGAAAGUCUAAAUGCGGAUGUUAUCCUAGCUGCUGAUGUGACCUACGAUUCAAGGGUACAACCCGCCUUGAUACGUGUUCUCAGUGCUUUGCUGUGUGGACCUAAGAAUCAACAUAGAACUGCUUACAUAGCUUCAACCAUCCGCUGCAAAGAUACCUAUCAACUGUUCAAAGAGAGAAUUGAUGAUGCUAACUUGGUUGCUAUGGUGAUGACCUCACCUCAACAUCAUUUUUUCCAUUACGACAAGGCCUGCUCGAUACAGAUAUUGAGACUGACGCCGAAAAGAUGACCUUUGCAGUACAUUUUUGACGGCUGAUGAAUGACUUGAUUC